AUGGACAGCAUAUUUGGCCGCAGGAAGACAAAGCCUCGUCAAUCUUCGGUAUCCUCUACUCAGGAACUCAGCGAGAGCUCUGUUCCCUACGAUAAGCUAGGACCCCCGCCUAGCUCACCCCUUCCAGUCGGCACUGUUUCGCAGGGGCUCCGUGGAGCACCAUACAUCUCAGCACCCAUCACCAAUCCGACGCUGACUACCAAUGGCACUGAAUUCAACAAGUUUGGCAUGACUCGGAGUAGGGCUGGUGGAGACAGAGGCAAUGAAGAUCAUGGCAUGGGAUCACCCAGCACCUUCUCAGUUUCCGACUCUUCCACUUUGUAUAACGAUUCUGUUGGAUCCUCUUCCGGGAGCAAACUUUAUAAUCCUCAAACAGCUCGUAUGCGUCGCAGUGAAGCCUCUUCAUCUUCGGGACAUAUGCUCGACUUUGGCCAGUUUCCUGCGAAUGGUUAUGCACCCAUGCCGGCCUCAGCGUCCGCUGGGACUCUGAUGCAGCGCCCAAUGUCUUCCGCCACAACACGGUCCGAAGGUACAAGACAUUCCAAAUACUCAUCCCUUUCCUCUGAAGGGACUUCUCUCAACCAUUUCUAUCAUCCUCACCGACACAACAAUUCAGACGAUGCACAGUUAUCUCGGCCGGACACCGACGAAGAAAUCGAGGCACUGUUCGAUAAUGUCAAACGUACUCGAGACCUCGGAGACCUUCCGAACCUCCCGAUUGAUCAGAAAUGGCAUAUGGUAUACAAUGAUUGGCAAAUUCGACGGAAAGAGGAGAAGCAGAGAGACGACCAGACGCGAAGACAAACGGAAUCAGGCCAGCCUUCCACUAUAAUUCGCGAAACGCCGGAGUGGUACAUUCAAAAGUUUUUGAAUAAAACCAUUACGCCAAAGCAAGCCGGGAGUCUUCAGGUAUCAUUACGUAGUCUAGAGCUGAGUUGGCUUCAGCACUUCAUUUCUAUACAAGGAACAUCGGUUCUAGCACAGACACUUACGCACAUUAGUCGCAAGGGUUCAUCAAGAGGAGAGAAUGACAUAAAUCUUGAAUAUGAAAUCGUCAAAUGCCUCAAACAAAUUUUUAACAACACUGCAGCGACGGCAGAAGCCCUGACGCACAACCUGAUUGUAACGCAAGUUGCGUCUUCUCUCAACACUCCUCAUAUCCCCACACGGAGGCUUCUGCUAGACUUGUUGUCAUUCCUGACUUACUGGAAAGAUGGUCAAGUGCACAAUCUUGUCGUCGCCGCCUUGGAAACCCUCAGUUCCUCAAAUAAUGAGAGUGGGGGACCAUAUGAUUAUUGGUUCAAAUCAAUGGAGCAUUCUCUCUCUGGACGAGGCAAGAUGGGUAGUUUGGUUGGUGCAAGCGAAGAUGUCAAAAAGGCCGGUGGCCUGGACACUAACCUUAAUGAAUACGCUUUGUCAAAUUUGAUACUCCUUAGAGGUGUCCUCGAGCUCCACCAUCGCUCCCAAAUGGAGGCUGCUGGAUUACAGCGAAUUCUUGAGCUCUGCCGAAACUUCAACGUUUCGAAUAUAGACAAGCAAUUACGGCUUUUGCAAAAUUCUUUAGAUGAGGACGAACAGAAACUCCGCGACCGUCUGGAUCAAGAGAUUUUACGCGACCUUACUAACCCUUUGGACGUUCAAGAAAGUAAAGCUCGAGACUAUUUCCUGUCUAUGAUGCAGCAUUUACUGCUGAUACGAGAGGAAGGUCCGCCGAUGGUACACUAUUACCAGCUUCUCGACUCGCUGAAACUGGCUGGCGCCGAGCAGCGUUUCGGACACUCAGCCGACCGUUAUCAAGCCGUCGAGGAUGAAGCAAACAAGGCUCGCGCGGAAGCAUUGCGCUUGAAGCUAGAAAAAGAAGCGCUGGAGGACGAGAUUUCUCAAGGCCAUGACGGUCUAGUUGGGCAGCUGAAGGAAAAGCUGGCGCACGCCGAGCAGAAGUUGCAUGUCUCUCGGGAAACAACAACACGACUUCAAGGUCAACUUGUCACUCAGAAAUCUGGAUACGAGCAGACAAUUACCCAACUGGAAUGGCAAAUCAUGGAACUGUUCAAGAUGCUGAAGGAGGUUGGCCAAGGUGUCGAGACCAUCGUAGACAAUAGUGGCAUGGAUCGCAAGACUCUUGUGGAAACGCUUGAGAAACAAUGGCAACGGACCAAAACUAUCGGUAUUCUUGAGGGUCGAGACGGAAGGAAUCGCCGAAAUGGUCCCGGCGGGGAGGAGGACGAUGGCGAUCACGAGGAAGACAUGGAUGCAACGCCACGUAAAAAUGGAUUGCGCCGUGGUUCAAAAGUUGUUCGUAAGGCGUCCAAGACUGGCGGGUCAAAAACUUCGGAAGACGGUAACGGAAGAGUCUCGCAGUUUAUGGACGCAGAUGAUCAAGACGCGGAUGAGCAAAUACAACAUCAGCUGGCUGCCGGCGUAGUAAUUGUAAUUGAUAUCUUUGCCUUUACUCUGGAAGAGGGCCAACUGUCGAGCUCGAGAAGUGCACGAGGAUCACCGAGACGCACGGACAGACCCCUGUUAGGUCUAGGAGCGCCGUACAAGAGCAGCAAUCUUCUUCCGCCACACUUUGAAGAUGCUGGCGAAUCGAGCGACCACUCUAACAUUAAUGGUGAAGAGAGCGAGGGCGAUCGGUCAGUCCGAGGAUCACAUAAUUCAUCUGAAGAUACACCCUCAACUUCCAUCAGUUCUCACGUUUCUGCUGACGGACGGACGCCUGCGCCUGGUUCAUUGGCUGAACAGCUCAGCAAACAUUUCCUGGCCAAGAGUCGCCAGGUAUCCUCUUCCGGAGGCCCGACACCUUCACCUCUCCCGACCUUGAAAGAAGAGGGCGAUGCGCAUGGUGCUCCCCCACCACCACCACCACCACCUCCGCCUCCCCCGCCUCCUCCGCCGCCGCCACCCAGUGGUUUCAAGGGCGCUCCUCCUCCGCCUCCGCCUCCGCCUCCGCCUCCGCCUCCGCCACCUCCACCCGGCUUUGUCGGAAUGGUCCCUGCCUUCUCCGCAAACUCUACCCCGCCUCCACCACCUCCGCCGCCGCCUCCAGGUCGAGGCUUAGCCUCUAACCCGAGCUCUCCUCCUAACUCUACACGAGCAUCGAUGUUGCUCGGUUCAAAUCUUAACGCCUUGCUCUCUGCUCGCAAAGAUCUUCCUAUUACGCCGAGUACUAAGAUGAAACAGCUGCAGUGGGAUAAACUCCCUCAUCAGCAAGUUUCAAAGACACUGUGGAAUGAUGAAGAGCCUGCAAAGGAACACGAGAUGUUGAAGAAGCUCCAGAUUGAUGGCGUAUGGAUGGAAAUGGAGGAAGACUUCAAGGCCAAGCAGCUAGUCAUCAACCUAAUGGCCCGGCAGAAACGCGCCGAAUUGAAGAGUGUUCUGGAUGUUGAAACUAAGAAAAGAGUUGAAAUCCUCAUUCAAGGUGUCAAAAAACUUGAGCCCGAGGAGAUCGCUCGCAAAAUUCAGCACUUCGACCAGGAUCUGUGCUCUCAGGUGUUCUUGAGUGAAUUAAAACGAGUACUGCCAUCCCCAGAACAGGUCGGCAAAUUGAACGUAUAUCGGAACUCAGGGCCAGAGGAACUUGCUGAGCUUCAUCCUUCGGACCGCCUCAUGGUUAAACUGAUACAAAUUGAUCGUCUGGGACCUCGUAUUGAGGGCAUGUUGUACAAGUGUGCAUUUGAAGAACGGUGGUCGCUACUAGAUCAGGGUGCACGGAAACUUUCCGAGGCAGGAGAUGCUCUUCUACAUGCUAAAGCUUUCAAGGAGUUGCUCAGUCUCAUUCUUCUGAUUGGGAAUUACAUGAACGGGACCGGUGUGAAGGGUGGCGCAUUCGGUUUCCGUGUUAGUAGUAUCAAUAAGCUGGUUGAUACUAAGUCAGUAAACAACACGACACUACUUCAUUUCUUGGAGCGUACCGUUUCUAAACAUUUCCCGGACAUGGAAGAUUUCCUCGAGGAACUUGCAAAACCCGCAGAGGCGUACAGAGGUAUGUUACGCCCUUCCUUCAGAUGCCUCCACGUUUUACCAACGCUCUUGGCAGUUAAUCUUCAAGAAGUUCGUAAAGGCCUAGGAGAUCUUCGGGAUGGUCUCAAGAGAAUACGUGAGGAGCUAGAAGAGCAUUUUGCGCGCAUCGAUCAAACAGAACGAUACGGCCAGCAAAUGUGGAACUUUGUCAACAAAGCCAAGAUGCAGGUGGACGACCUGGUGGACGAAGUACGGCUUGCAGAUACAACAUUCACCGAGGUGAUUUGCUACUAUGGCGAAGAGGAUAAUCGAAACAUGAGCUCUUCUGAAUUCUACGGUAUCUUCAAAACCUUCGUCACAUCGUACAAGAAAUGCAAAGCCGACAAUCAAACUGCAGCAGAUGAACGACUUGCAACAGUCAAACGGAAACAGGCCGCUGAAACCAUGAGGCUGAAUCGCGAGAAGGCGAUGGAGAUGUCGAACCAGGAUACUGACGCUCUGGACAGUCUGCUAGAGAAGUUGCGGAAUGGCGAUACUGUGGGGACACGAAAGAAUCGCCGGGCACGACCAAGUGCCGCGGAAACUCGCGCUAAUGUGCCAUCGUCAUUAGAUCUAAACGGCAACCCAGACGACGUGGCCCGGGACCUUCUGGCGCGUUUAGCAUCGAGCGGUUUCGAACCACCUACGCCGUCAUCGCCAACAUUUGCUGUUUCACAGAGGAGACGAAGACGGAAGGCUGCAUCAUCGAUAUCCGAUGCAGACUUGUUGAACUCGCCUCUUCUGCCGCCCAUGUCUGAAAUUAGUUCAUUAGAAGAUACAACUAUAGGCUCAGAGGAUUCCAGUGAACGAUGA